AUGCGACCAAUUCCAGCAAUCAACCGAUCACUCCAGAUUGCAAGGCACUUCAGCAUGUCUUCAACACUUCGAGCUGCCAAGAUCAAGCGAGUCGGUCCGCUGUCACCAGACGAAGCGAAGUGGACCGAGUUGAGGAAGAUUGAAUGGGUCGACCCGGCUGGUAAAGAGCGCGUCUGGGAAGCUGCCGCUCGCAAGACACGCAAGGAGUCCGGCAUAGACGCUGUCGCCAUCGCACCCAUCAUCCGCCACCCAUCGAGAGCACCCUCUACCUUGGUCAUUUUGCAAUACCGCCCACCCGUCGAUGCCAUUUGUGUCGAGUUUCCAGCUGGCCUCAUCGACGCCGGCGAGACUCCCGAGCAGGCAGCAAUUCGCGAGCUGAAGGAAGAGACUGGUUAUGAGGGCAAGGUUCGUGAUAUCAGUCCGAUACUCAGUAGCCAACCUGGAAUGACCAACGCAAAUAUGCAGGUACUUGAUUGUAGCCCGACCAUCGUAGCCGAUCCCGGAUUUACCAACGCAAACAUGCAGAUGGUUACCAUCGAGGUCAACCUAAAGGAGGGCGACGAGCCACCAGAACAGCAUCUUGAUGAUGGCGAGUAUAUUGAGCGAGUCAACGUGCCGCUGAGCGAACUCUACGACAAACUGAAAGCGCUCUCUAAGGAGGAUGGCAAGAUUGUGGACGCCAGGCUCUUCCACUGGGCUCUCGGUCUUCACUGGAGUCGUCGCCUCAACCUGGAAGGCUAA